UUCGCACUCUCGACAGCCCAAGCCACGAGCUUUGCGGCCGCGUUCUUCGGGCGAGUUUGAAAGCAAUGCACCGUCGGAAAGACCCCCAGGAUCCGAGAGAAUAUUGUUGACUCAAGCUGGUUGCCUCUCCUUUCAAGCGAGUCUCGCAUGAAAAUGAUGAGCGGCGGAUGUCCUUUCAGCAUCAAAUCCCGGAGGACUAUGCAACGGGGCUAAUGAAGUUGGAGAAACGCAUUGCUAGAAGGCUCUACACGAAGGCUUGAAGUAAUCAUGGUUCCGCUGCAUGCACCCGCGCUUUUUGGAUUCGUAUUAGCUGUAUCGCUGUUCAACGUGACUGUGGCUAGGCUGCCGGAAACUGUUUACAUAGGUGGUCUAUUCGAUGGUGAGGAAGAACAAACGCAACUGAGUUUCCAGUAUGCAUUAGACCGGAUCAACUUGGACAUAAGCAUUCUUCCGAGCACCACCAUCAGAGGACUCGUGCACCAUGUGAAGCCUCAAGACAGCUUCACGGCGUCUAAGGCCAUGUGCUCGUUUUUCAAGCAGCGCGUCAGUGCCAUCAUCGGACCAACGUCCACUGCCGUCCUGAACUACGCGAAAUCUGCCUGUACCAACUUCAAUGUGCCACAUAUCCAGACGACGUGGGAGGCCACUUCCAACAGGAACCCUUACACGCUGAACGUCUACCCCGACCCUGAAGUGCUGAGCAGGGCAUUUCUCGACAUAAUUAAAAACAAGCAUUGGAAAUCAUUCACACUCCUCUACGAACAUCAAGACGAUCUAAUCCUCCUCAGACAUGUCCUGAAUUACAAGUUGUCCAAAAAGCCAGUAGUGAGAAUAGCUCAAGUAAAUCCGAAGCUGUCCUUCAGGAAGAUGCUAAAGGACAUCGGUUCGAAGAAGGAGUUCAACAUUGUUCUCAGCAUACGAGCCGAAAGGUUGCCGCAACUAAUACGCGAGGCACUAGAUGUCGACAUGAUGACUUAUUACCACAACUACAUAAUCACAUCAUUGGAUAUAUAUACUCUGAACCUCACGGAGUUCAAAGGCGUUCAGGCCAAUAUUACGGCCCUCACACUGUUGAAUCCUGAGCGACCUGAAGUCAUGAAUGUGUUACGAGACUGGAAGAUAGGAACGGAGCUAUGGGGCGUUGGGACGCACGCAACCGCUCCAAUGCAUCUAGACACGGCAACAGCCCUGAUGUAUGACGCCGUGAACCUUCUCGCUAACGGUCUUCAUAACACCAACCGGUUACAAGCGUUAGACGUACAUUCUUUAAACUGUGAACAUCCGAAGCCUUGGCGUCAUGGAUCGGCAUUACUGGACUCUAUGAAAAUGAUUACAAUACGCGGGGUGACGGGUGACGUGCGGCUGGACGAACGUGGAAUUCGUGAUGAGUUUAACCUCGACGUGAUAGAGCUAAAAGCGAAGGGACUCAUCAAGGUUGGUACGUGGCACCCUCUGUCUGGCCUAAAGUACUACGAAAAUUACACGCAAAUCAUGGAGAAGCAGUUCACAGACGAACUCCAAGGACACACACUGAGGAUUACAACUGUCGAAAGCAAUCCGUAUACGAUGAUUUAUCCCGAAUCCAUGAAUAAGACGGGCAACGAGCGCUUCUACGGCUACACCAAAGACCUCUUCGAACUCCUGUCUCAAGAGCUGGGAUUCAACUACGAGUUCUACCGCGUUCCGGACGGGCAGUACGGAACACCCAGUGCCUCCGGCGAAUGGAACGGAAUGGUGAAAGAACUACUCGACAGGAAAGCAGACGCCGCCAUCGUGGACCUCACCAUCACCUACGAGCGCGAAGAAGCCGUCGAUUUCACGACGCCAUUCAUGAGUACAGGCAUCAGCAUCUUGUUCAGGAAAGUGGGGAAGCAGGAACCUUCCCUGUUCUCUUUCUUGCAUCCCUUCUCCCUGGACGUGUGGUUCUACAUGCUGACCGGGUACUUGAGUGUGUCCCUCUUUAUGUUCAUCAUGGGAAGGUUCACUCCGUACGAGUGGGUACCCCAACAUGCUUGCGUACCCGAAGACGGUGAUCUCACCAAUCAGUUUAACUUGCCGAACAGCUUGUGGUUCACCAUGGGAGCGCUCAUGCAACAGGGAUCUGAAAUGGCGCCCGUGGCCAUAUCCUGCAGGAUAACGUCUGGCUUUUGGUCCUUCUUUGUCCUCAUCAUGGUGGCAUCCUAUACCGCCAACUUGGCAGCUUUCCUGACUGCUCAACGUAUGAGUUCACCCAUUGAAAACGCGAACGACUUGGCCAAGCAGUCGAAAAUUAAGUAUGGUUGUCGCGAAGGUGGCUCGACCUGCAGCUUCUUCCAGCAGUCACAAGAUCCUAUCAUGAAGCGGAUGUGGAACACAAUGACGUCAGAACUGCCGUCACCAAUCGCAAAGACGAACGAGAAGGGGGUGGAACGCGUUCUUCGUGGUGACUACGCCUAUCUCAUGGAGGCUACAUCCAUUGAGUACGAAGUCGAGCGCAACUGUAACCUCACCCAGGUCGGAGGUCUCCUCGACAACAAGUUUUACGGCAUUGCUACGCCGCCAUUGUCACCAGUACGACAAGCCCUGUCCUCAGCGAUCAUCAAACUUCAAGAACGUGGCGAUUUGGAAAUGCUGAAGCGCCGCUGGUGGCGAGUUAAAGGACCUCGGUGCCCUGUAGAAUCAGCGUCAUCCUCAACGAGCGAAAUGAGCCUCUCUAAUGUCGGCGGAGUCUUCCUCGUGCUGAUAUUCGGCUGCAUUGCGGCGCUCCUCAUCGUGGUCCUGGAGUUCAUUUGGAAAACCAAGAAAAUACCCUACGGAGAAAGGGACACCAUAUUGAGAGAACUCAUCAAGGAACUACAGCUCGUACUUAGCUGCACGGGAUCCAAGGAGAAUCCGCAGGCUCCUACCGAUUCUCUAUCAAACAGCGUCGCACUUGGCUCCCUACAUCAAUUCAACUACAGCCUAAACAGCCUGAAGCCACCACAUUAACCAUUAGCGAGUGCAUUCGUUUGUGACCACCACACUCUUCGACCAGGCAUGUGACAAGACACAUCACGGCCGUGGUCGAGAAAUGAGGAUUUUGUGCUAUUUCGCGAAACAAACUCAAGAAUGUAGCGAUGCUUCCGAAGAGUUAGGUGAAUUUCCUUUCUACUCAGAGUGCGACUUCGCAUUUCAUGUUUAGUAGUUCCCGCUGGCAUACAAAACGCCAUUUUCACUAUUUCGGCUGGUUCGACAAUCCGCAUCAUGGCGCCACUUGUGCCGGUACUUGGAUUGCAGUAUCAGUUAGAUGUAUUAUUUGCGCCAAUAAAGAAAAUAACUGCUAAUCACGACA